AUGUUAGAGAGGUUGGAGGGACACAAAAGAAACCUAGCUGGCCAAGAAGACAUGGAGAACACUCACUCCCGUAGGCGUCAAUCUGCCGGAAUACCACCCUCGCCUCGCCUACAACGAAGCAAAAGCGGAACUCCGGCCAUAUCGCUACCGGAUCAGAAACAUUCACUCACGUCAAAGUCUCGCCACCGAUCAAAAUCAACAACAAGAUCAAGAACACACAAAGAAGAAGAGAAUUCGAUUACUUUAACCAAAACUCCAAGCACCCAAAAUAAGCCUCUAGAAAAGAGACACAGUUUUGUCAAUUUUUUGCAAACAAGGUCAACAUCUCCUUCUCCUUCUGCAUGGGCGUUAUCUCCAGGGAGAUCUUCGCCUUGUUCAAUGGUUCCAAAUUCACCUAGCUCUGGCCGAGUACUGAAGAAGGAACUGAUCAGUGGUGGUAUUAAUGGGGUUUUGAAGUACUUCAGGCAGAAGAAGACGCCACCGAUACAAGAGGAAGGGUAUCAUCGGUUUCGUGUUGUGCAUAACAGACUGUUGCAGUGGAGGUUUGUGAAUGCUCGAGCGGUUGCUGCCAUGGCUGCUGUUAAGAUUGUUGCAGGGGUAAAAUCUCUUUUAGCUGUUUGCCAUUAUUCUUGCCAUCCAUAA